AUGUUCUCACGGUCAGAAGACCAUUUCGACCUUGAGUCUCACAUGUCUCGUGUAUCCUCAACCUGGAAAUGUCGCGUUGUGCGCCUCGAUGCAUAUCACAAUACGCAAGUCUGUGACAAUCUCGGAGAAUCUCCCUUGUUUGCGGCAGCAAUCAUUCUUCACCCGCUCAGAGAGGCGACUUGGGUGUCUGAGGAGCAACUCGCUUGCGUUCUCGCGACUGUCUCAACCAAGCCCCAAACCCGACUAGCUGCCCCUGAGGAUCUACCGAAGGUCGUCUGGAAGAACCGCCGCUUCGUUCAAGAAGAUUCGCUAGCUCGGAAAGGUGCAAAAGGCAGAAAAAGUUGGAUCAGAUCGCACGGCAUGUUCUUCAUUGAAUUGAAUCACCAGGAUCAGCCCAUUGGUCAUGUGUGGUGCUGCAGCCGAUGCGACACGAAGGGUCGGCCAGAAUUCUUCUCAGUACAAGCGACAUCUUCUGCAGCAGGUCAUCUUCGCAAAGCCCAUCGGAUCACCCCAGCGAGUCAAUCAAGCCCCAGCGACGAUAGCGCGAUCGAUCUCCAGUCCCAUGCAACUCCCAAACGACCACGGCUUGACCAGAGCAUAAUACCAAAGGCAAAGGUCAAAGCUGUACAAGAACGUAGUGUUGGGCUCGUCAUUGACAGUGAUGUGCCCUUCACAAUAUUCGAGCACAAGUUUCUAAAGGAGCUCUUCUAUCAGUAA